AUGGCAGCCUUAUUGCGUGUAAGUGGAGUCAAAAAGCCAUACUCAGCUAUCCCAAAGAGAGCUUCCUGUCCUCGGCCUGUCUGGUCACAUCCACGGCUCAUUUUUUCUGUAUCCGUGGCUCCUGUUUAUGGACUACGUACGUCACUGAAGGGCUCAUGUAGGGCACCAUACCUUCGAAUUAGUUGUGAGGCUGGGAAGGUUGGUAUAAGGCAUGGUGCUGAGAGCCAAGGUUCUGAAGAAAUUGCUAACGAAUUGACACAUGUAAUGAAGUUCGGGGGAUCUUCUGUUGCCUCAGCAGAUAGAAUGAGAGAAGUAGCUAACCUCAUUCUCAGAUUUCGAGAAGAAAGACCUGUCAUUGUUCUUUCUGCAAUGGGAAAAACAACCAAUAAACUCUUGAUUGCUGGAGAAAAGGCUGUCUGCUGCGGUGUGUCAUAUGUUUCUGAUCUGGAAGAGUUAGCUUUUGUCAAAGAUUUGCAUUUGAGGACAGUGGAUGAGCUUGGAGUAGAAAGAUCUACAAUUUCAAAACACCUAUUUGAGUUGGAGCAACUUCUGAAUGGAAUUGCUAUGAUGAAAGAGCUCACUCCAAGAACAAAAGACUACUUAGCCUCUUUCGGAGAGUGCAUGGCCACAAGAAUUUUUGCGGCCUAUUUGAAUAAAAUUGGUGUCAAAGCUCGCCAAUAUGACGCCUUUGAUAUUGGUUUUAUAACGACCGAUGAAUUUACAAAUGCCGAUAUAUUAGAGGCAACUUAUCCAGCUGUUGCAAAGAGAUUGCAUGGCGAUUGGAUUAACGAUCCUGCAAUUCCUAUCGUGACUGGCUUCCUUGGAAAGGGUUGGAGAACUAGUGCAGUGACUACAUUGGGUAGGGGUGGUAGUGAUUUGACUGCCACAACUAUUGGUAAAGCAUUGGGGUUAGAAGAAAUCCAGGUAUGGAAAGAUGUUGAUGGUGUUUUGACUUGUGACCCCAACAUAUAUCCACGCGCAGAGCCAGUGCCAUAUCUAACCUUUGAUGAGGCAGCUGAACUUGCUUACUUUGGCUCACAGGUCCUCCAUCCACAGUCCAUGAGACCUGCUAGGGAGGGUGAUAUUCCUGUUCGAGUUAAGAACUCAUACAAUCCGAAAGCUCCAGGAACCCUAAUUACUCGAGUAAGAGAUAUGAGUCAGGCAGUACUUACUAGCAUUGUCUUAAAACGAAAUGUAACAAUGUUGGAUAUUGUCAGCACCCGAAUGCUUGGGCAAUUUGGGUUUCUUGCUAAGGUGUUUUCAAUCUUUGAAGAAUUGGAAAUAUCUGUGGAUGUUGUUGCCACUAGUGAAGUUAGUAUUUCCUUGACAUUGGAUCCAUCCAAGCUUUGGAGCAGAGAACUGAUCCAGCAGGAACUAGAUCAUGUUGUGGAAGAACUCGAAAAAAUUGCAGUUGUGAAUCUUCUACAGCACCGAUCAAUCAUCUCUCUCAUAGGAAAUGUUCAGAGGUCGUCGCUGAUACUAGAAAAGGCAUUCCACGUGCUUCGUACCAAUGGAGUCAAUGUUCAGAUGAUCUCUCAAGGUGCUUCAAAAGUUAACAUUUCGUUGAUAGUAAAUGACAGCGAAGCAGAACAAUGUGUUAGGGCUCUUCACACUGCUUUCUUUGAGAGUGAUAUAUCAGAGCUCGUAUCGGGACCUAAAUCUGGAAAUGGUUCGAUAUGA